GGGCGUAGUUCCAUUCCAACAAGUGCAACCACAAGCAAGCCCGAAUUAAUUUGUAUUACUAAUGUUGUCGUGUAUAGUUUAAAUUAUAUUUAAAAAUAUUGUUAUUAGUUACACGUUUAAAGUGAAGUUUCAUUGAUUAAGGAGUUGUAGUGAACGACGGGAAGGGACAAAAUGUUUCCUUCGACUAUUUUAGGGCGCAGCUAUCUGCUUUUCAUGCUGGUGCUGACUGUGGGUGUGUUAGCUCAGCAUGAGUGGCAGGCUCGGGAUGCCUUCGAUGAGAUCAAAAUAAAAUUUGAUAAAGUCAAUGCCGACAACUGUCCCAUUCAGCAUCAUUCGGAUCUGUUUAUGCCCGAGGAUGUGGUGUCCCACAAACCGGAUAUCAAGGAGGUGAACGUGAAUCCUGUAUUUCCCAAUCGAACGGCUCUGCUGCAUCUGCAGAACAUGGCCCUGAGUAGAAGUUUCUUUUGGAGUUAUAUUCUACAGUCUCGUUUCAUCCGACCGGCCAUUAAUGAUACCUACGAUCCGGGCAUGAUGUAUUAUUUCCUGUCCACCGUGGCCGAUGUCUCCUCCAAUCCGUAUAUCAACGCCUCGGCAGUCUACUUUUCACCCAACAGUUCGUACUCCUCCUCAUAUCGCGGCUUCUUCAAUAAGACAUUUCCACGCUUUGGUCCCCGCACCUUCCGCCUUGACGAUUUCAAUGACCCGAUUCAUCUGCAAAAGAUUUCCACAUGGAACACCUUUGAUGUUCAGGAUUUGGGUGCCCAUCAUCCGGACUCCAUUUCAAAGGAUUACUCGCACGAUCUUUACAAGAUAAACGAAUGGUAUCGGGCGUGGCUACCAGACAACGUUGCCGGUCGUCAUGACACAAAGAUCACCUACCAAGUGGAAAUACGAUAUGCGAAUAAUACAAAUGAAACGUAUACAUUCCAUGGACCGCCUGGCUCUGAAGAGAAUCCAGGACCCAUUAAAUUCACAAGGCCAUACUUUGAUUGUGGACGCUCGAACAAAUGGUUGGUGGCAGCUGUGGUACCCAUAGCAGAUAUCUAUCCCCGCCACACCCAGUUUCGGCACAUUGAAUACCCCAAAUAUACUGCAGUUUCGGUUCUGGAAAUGGACUUUGAGCGUAUAGACAUUAAUCAGUGUCCGAUUGGCGAAGGAAACAAGGGACCCAAUCAUUUUGCGGACACGGCGCGAUGUAAAAAAGAGACCACCGAGUGCGAACCCUUACAUGGCUGGGGCUUUAGGCGGGGAGGCUAUCAAUGUCGCUGCAAGCCAGGUUUUCGACUGCCGAACACUGUGAGGCGACCCUAUUUAGGUGAAAUUGUGGAACGUGCCUCGGCCGAGCAGUAUUACAACGAUUACGAUUGUCUCAAGAUUGGAUGGAUACAAAAGUUGCCUAUUCAAUGGGAGCAAGCUCCCUACUAUGUGCGGCAGAAGUAUUUGGAUUUGCAUCCCGAAUAUCGUAAUUAUACAACUGGUGCCAGAUCUUUGCAUACACCAAACUUGAAUAUUGAUCAGGCUUUGAAAUUUAUCCAUGGGGUCAAUUAUCGCACAUGCAAAAACUUCCAUCCACAGGAUUUGGUGUUGCGUGGUGAUGUCAGUUUUGGAGCUCGGGAGCAAUUCGAAAAUGAAGCCAAAAUGGCUGUGCGUUUGGCCAACUUUAUUAGUGCCUUCUUGCAGGUAUCCGAUCCCAAUGAAGUCUAUUCGGGCAAACGUGUGGCGGACAAACCACUGACCGAGGAUCAAAUGAUUGGCGAAACUUUGGCCAUUGUCCUAGGUGACAGCAAAGUCUGGUCGGCCACAACACUCUGGGAGCGGAAUAAGUUCACAAAUCGCACCUAUUUUGCACCCUAUGCCUACAAGACAGAGCUCAACACGCGCAAGUUCAAGGUGGAGGAUCUGGCUCGUCUCAACAAAACGCACGAAUUGUACACGGAGAAGAAAUACUUCAAGUUCCUCAAGCAACGUUGGAAUACGAAUUUCGACGAUCUCGAGACAUUCUAUAUGAAGAUGAAGAUACGACACAAUGAGACAGGUGAAUACCAGCAGAAGUACGAGCAUUAUCCCAACUCCUACAGAGCGGCGAACAUAAAGCACGGAUACUGGAUGCAGCCGCACUUUGAUUGCGAUGGUUAUGUCAAGAAGUGGCUUGUGACCUAUGCGGUGCCCUUCUUCGGUUGGGACAGUCUGAAAGUCAAACUGGAAUUCAAGGGUGUGGUUGCCGUGUCCAUGGACAUGCUUCAGUUGGAUAUCAAUCAGUGCCCGGAUAGAUAUUAUGAGCCGAAUGCCUACAAAAAUACACAUAAAUGUGACGAUUUGACAUCUUAUUGCGUGCCAAUUAUGGGUCGGGGCUAUGAGACCGGUGGCUACAAGUGUGAAUGUCUACAGGGCUUUGAGUAUCCUUUCGAGGAUCUAAUCACCUACUACGAUGGCCAAUUAGUUGAGGCCGAAUAUCAGAAUAUUGUAGCCGAUAAGGAGACUCGCUAUGAUAUGUUCAAGUGUAGAUUAGCAGGAGCAUCGGGUUUGCAAUCGGCGUUGGGUCUAAUCAUUUCAUUGAUUGGCCUAGUAUUCACUAUGCUUUAUAGGUUUAGAUAAAAAGUAGGAAAAGAUGAAAUAGUCGCACGCCAAAACAAAAAAAAACGAAAACACUUCCGCCCAAACGAAAAUCUCAUGAAAUAUCCCUACUAUAUUUCACUUCACUCUCUCUCUCUAUCUGUCUCUUCUCUCUGGCGACAAAAAAGUAAAAAAAAAAAAAAAGACAGCUACAAAGACACAAACAAAAUUGACACCCAAAAAACAAAAAACCCAAUGCCAAUGCCAUCUAUAGCAGCAGCGCAACCCAGUUCUCUGCGCCUCUUUGAGCAUUGUCAUCAUUUAUCUGCAAGGCGAUUAAGUUGUAGACAUAAUCUAUUACAAUGAAUCUGGUUAUUUGUCAUUUCUAUCAAAAGCGGCAGCAACGACAGCAGCAGCAACAGAAGCAGGAGCAACAGAAAAGCGCAAACAGCCGCGCCUACUGCGCUCAGAUUACGGAAGCAUCGACGAUGCUGACGAGUCCCUCACUAAUGUCCGUGAAGUCCUUGCACAGCUGUGUGUGCGUGCCCAGCCACAUCAACGGGAGAGAAAGAGAGAGCCCAAGGAUCGCAAGCAAACCUGUUACUAUCAAAACCCAGUUAGCCAUCGUCCAUCGGUAUGUGCGCUUGUGUGUGUGUGCGGUACCUACACCCAUCGAGAAGAUCGGUCCAGGCUGAGGGUUGUUUGUGCCGCACGCACACCUUUCUCUCCCUUCUCCUGUCUUUUUUUUUCUUCUAUGCUUUGCUUCUUUCAAUGAACGACGCCUGCCGUGGCGUUUGUGCCGUGUUUUUCUUAUAUUAAAUCGUCGGCACUGCGUCCGAUGGUCAUCAUCCGUGGUCCGUUGGCUACUUUUUUGCCUGAAUUAAAUAUAUGCCCGUCGUUUGUUUUUUUCUUUUGCAUUUUUUUUGCUCCUUUGAUUAUCAUAUGCGCUUGAAUUUUUAUUAUCUGUACCCUGAGAACUUUUUCUAUGCGCCGCAGGAACCAGUUUAUCAGCCACUUGGUCUCCUGCCAGGGUAAACGAAAAAAAAAAAGAAAUCAGCCAGCUUUUUUUUUAUAUUAAAUCUAUAGGGCCUUAUAGGUAGCUGAUGAUGAUGCUGCUGCUGUUGCUGUUGCUGCUGCUGCCGCUGCUACUGCUGGACUUGGACACAAAAAAUAUUUUCACACAUUUUUCAUAGUCAUAUCAGGGCAGUGGGCAGUGACGGCCGUUGCGUUUUGGGCAACUCCUCCAUUUCUAAUUUGAAAGCAUCUUCGCUGCGGGUAGCCAUUCAAUUGCCGGCUGUCUCUGUCCGCUUUUAGUUGGGUUUUCUUGUUUGUUUAUUACUUUUUCGAGAGUGUCUUUAGGCCUUUAUAUAUUUCGCAAUACUUAGUACAAAAAAAAAAAGAAAAGGAAAUAGAAGGAACCCCAAACAAAAGUGUGUUAACCAAAUAUGUGCCUUAAAAACAAUCAAUUUUAACAAAUCCUUUUACAAAAUGAUCGAAUAUCUAUAUACACACACAUAUAUUUGUAAUCAUAAUAAUGACUAUAUCGUAUGUCCGUCCAUUUACGUAGAGUCUCAAUAUAUUCUAUUAAUGUAUAUUAAUGUUAAGUGCCGGAAUUUUCAUUCGUUUUUAUAUAUAGAGUUUAAGAUCAAAAAUCCCUCAAUAAUCUAACGAUUGAACUCAAAUAAAUCUUUUUUAUAUACACACAACAA